AUGCAUUUCAAUGUUAUUACACGAUUUAAUAAUUGUUUUAAAAGAAAACAAACGUCAUCAUUAUCAUCACCAGUAAUAAUGUUGUUAUUAAAAUUAAUUAGGAUUAAAGAAGCAACAGCUGCUGAUUGUGUGUCAAUUUUAUGUGAUCUUAAAGUUAAUUAUGAAUCAUAUUUUGGUGUUCGAAUUCUUGAUUCAGCUUUGAUUAUUGCGCCACAAUUAUCUAAUCGUUAUAUAACAAAUCAAAUUUUACCUAAUAAAGUUAUUGAUAAGAAAUAUUCUUUUAUAAAAUUUUGA